AUGAUUCCACAAACACCAAACACAGAUUUGUCAUCAUCCGAAGCAUCAUCUGCUUCAAUGGUGGAUGAUGAUGCAAUGAACAUCGUUUUGUCAUCCUCCUCAACCAAUUCUAUCUCAAGUACUUCCUCUCUUCCUCUCAUAAAAGAAGGAGAUACAAUUCUCAUUAAAUUAAACAGCGGUUCAAUGAUUUUACAACAACAUGUAAAACCCGAAACACAAGUCAAAAUUGGAAAGAAACAAACCAUCGCAUUGAAACAUUUAAUUGGCCAGCCCUAUUAUGCAUAUUAUGAGGUAAUAGGCCCAUCAUCAGACUCGAGCGACGGAGAUGGUCAAUCGGAAAAAGACAAGAAGAAGAACAACAAAUCAUCUUCCUCUGUUCUCAUUAAACGCAUGUUGUACGAUCCUGAUAAAGAAGAAGCCAUGACUUUUGAACCAGGUGAUGAGGAACAAAGUGCCGAAGAACAACAAAUGGAUGAUGAAGAAAAACUAAAUAGAUUAAUUGACGAUAACAGAUCUCAAACUUUGACACAAGAUGAAAUUUUAGAGUUGAAAAAACAAGGUGUUGAAGGAAAGGAAAUUAUCAACAAAUUAAUUGAGGGAAGUAAAUCAUUCCAAGUUAGGUCACAAUUCUCUCAGCAAAAAUAUCUCAAAAGAAAGAAGAAGAAAUAUCUUACCUAUUUUAAAGUCAUUGAUCCAUCCGCAUAUGAUAUUUGUGAUUUCUACUUUAUCAAGAAUCCAGAAAAAAUUAGUCAUAUGAGGGUUGAUGGUUUGGCACAACUUUUGACACUAGGUUCUGUUUUUCCCAAUAGAAAGGUCAUGGUCAUGGAAACAUGUAUGGGUUUAGUGACAGCGGCUGUUUUUGAAAGAAUUGGACAAUAUGGUGAAAUUAUUCGAGUAUGUCCUGAUGACAUGAUAGGUAAACAUGUUCAUGCAGUAACAUACCUCAAUAUCCAUAAGGGAGUUGCCAAUGCAGUGAUUAAGGACGUCUCCUUUGGAAAAUUAGCUUAUGUCAGAAAUUCAGAGACAAAUGCAAUGCAAGAUGAAGCUGUUGUGAGCGAGGAAUAUUUGGUCGACUGUUUAUUGAUUGCCACUAAUCAAUUCGAUCCAUUGUCUGUUCUUUCCAACUUGUAUCCUUUUUUAAGAGAGUCAGGAACUUUUGCUAUUUAUUCUUCCUACAGAGAGUGUCUUGAACAAUGUCACAACAAACUCAAGGAAGAUAAAUCAGCAGUUUUGGUUCAAUUAACAGAGACAUGGAUGAGAGAAUACCAGGUAUUACCAAAAAGAACUCAUCCAAUGAUGACAACAUCAAGCUCAAGCGGUUACAUUCUUUCAGGAAUAAAAACCUUCGUCUAA